GCGUAUAUAUAGCGCGUCCGCUCUCUUGAGCUCUUUGUUAGAACGAGAUUUCGUCAAGCUAGCAUGUUGCCGUAUCGCCUUCGUCCUCGAAUUGAUUCCAAUCUGUGCUACUUGCUGAACCACUCGCGCCUCCUCUUGCCCUUCUACCCUCCCAGCCGAUAUAGCUUUCCACGUACACACGCACACGCACACACACACACACACACACAGAGAGAGAGAGAGAGAGAGAGAGAGAGAGAGAGAGAGAGAGAGAGAGAGAGAGAGAGAGANGAGAGAGAGAGAGAGAGAGAGAGAGAGAGAGAGAGAGAGAGAGAGAGAGAGAGAGAGAGAGAGAGAGAGAGAGAGAGAGAGAGAGAGAGGGGGAACGUUUUUCAAGGUGGUCAAUGGAAUGAAGCAUAGGAAGGUGUUCUUCUGUUCUGUCGAGGUAAUCAACAUCCUUCCUCUUCCUACCUGCUUCCUCCAUGUCUUCCGUCCCGCCUUCCUCUUCCAGUUUCCCCAAUCUUCUGUUCCUGUUUCUUCCCUCAUCGCCGCCCACUCUCUACCGGUGUUCUGUUUUCUCGUUCUCCUCCAGUGUCCUGUUUCUCUUUCUCCGCCGUUCUGUCACUGCACCUUUGCCACCUCCAGCGCCUGCAUGACAUGGCAGAUGAUGCUGAAAAUCGGCUGUGUAGGGGUACAGGGCAAAGGACAGAAGCAGGUGGGGCAAUGUCCAGGCAACGCCUAUGUUCGACAUGGUCAGGUGGAUGUUUCUUCGUCAGACAGGAUUCACAGGAGGCUGAGGGGGAGUGGCGGAGGGGGGGGGGGGUAUAACGCAGAUACAAGAACGGGAUGCGUUGUCCCUGAUGGCAGGCAUGUAGAGGAAGGGGGUUAUGCAUCACGGGAGGCAUGCCGGGAGCGGGGAGCUUCUUCUUCCCGUCCUCCGUACUCCGGUCCCGACGUGCUUUUCAUGUGGCAUGGCAUCGUCAGCGAUGAAGAAGAACGAAAAGGAAGAAGACUCUGCAGAAGAAGAAACCCAAGAGACGGAGGGGCGGCAUUUCGCCUUGUCACGUGGGUGAUAUGCUGGGAGGGCAGAACGGGGGAGGGGGGAAAACCUGGAGGGGGGGUUGGUAAGGGUUGCGCCGCUGGACGUGCUAGGCACGUUGGAAUGGAGGAAGGCAGGGCGAGCGGGCGGUCGUUAGUCAGUGGGACGGAGGGGCGGCGGCGGCGGAGGAGAAGAGGGAGUAGAAGAACGAAGGGUGUCCUUGUCGAUCUCUACAUGAUUGUCGAGCGCUGGGGGGGCGUGUUGCUGGUUCCUGCUGAGGGCUCGAGACUCCUCCCUCCACUUGUGAUCCAUGUCUCCUCCUCCGUGUCGCCGCAUCUAUCGCGUACUUACAUCAGUGUUGCUGCUAUCAUCCUCAGCAAACAGUACGGAGCAGGAGACAAUCGUUCUCGGACCGUCAUCAUAGUUCUUAGUACAGUGAGUCUAUUCGUCCUUUUGGUAUGAAUAACGCCAAAGGUAGCCUCCCCGUUCUGGUUAUUUUUGGUAGUUGGAGCCAAGCCAUUCUUGAAAGAAGGGAACGAAGGGAAAGAAGGGAAAGGAGGAGGAAAUAGCGGGCCUCGCGUUGAAAGCCGGGCGUAUGCCGAGUAAUUGAGUGUUUGGUGUUUGGUUUCCCGCGAGAGAGGUGGGCGAGGAUGACCGCCGCCUUUUUGGAUAUCCACCUCUGCGGCUGCGGGGCUUCCCCCCAGAGCUCCGACAGCUUCUGGAUGAUAAGUACGAGAUGAUAAGUGGGGACGAAGAGGACUGGUUUGGUGAGGCCGGCGACGACGAAGCUCAACUGUUCUUUCGAGGCAAUGGAAACUCGGAAAAAUAAAAUCUCGUUGUGUGGCCAGUCUCGUGGGGGUGAGUUGUUCCUUUGACGUACCUGGCUGCAGAAACGAUGUGGCUGCACGCCACAGACUAUUCCACAGGAGCGGACCGAAGUCUCUGCUUUCAACGUGGGGGGGAGAAUACUGCGCGCCGAGGAGCAGUCCCCCGUUGAAGAAGCGAACACUGACGAGGAGAUGCCAAGAUGUCUUCUGGGACCACAUAGAGCUCCGGAAGACUUUUUGGAGGAUGUGAUAAUUUCUGAUGAAGAGGGACAAAUUGAAGGCUGAAGGCUUCGGAGGGUUAGACAUUUGUUGUGGCUGGGGAGAAGACGAAGCUCAGUUCUUGCACAAGCCGUGAAAGUUGGUAGUGGUGAGGGCGUUGACGUGACGAGGCUCUUCUCCGCCGCCUCUUCUUGCUUUCUUGCUCUUGGCACCAACCUGAGUGUGCAACGGAAGGCCUUGUUGCUGGAUGGGAGGGUGAGGGUGGAACGCAUGAAGUGAUGGGAGGGGGGGGUACAGAGCAAGAGAGGGGGGGGGGAAGCGCACGGAGAGAUGCCGGUCGGGACAGGUGGUUCAGGACAGGCGGAAGGGGUUUCCCCAUGACGAGGUGUAGGCGUGGCGGCUCCCUGCGAUAGAGGUGGAGGUGGACGGGAGGGGAUGACAGGGGCUGGGGUGGGAGAUGUUGGCCAGGUGUCUCUGAAGGGACGGAGGGGUGUAUCAGGGUUGGUGCAGGAGAUGCAGGUUAGACCGUUGAUGUAGUUGUGAGCGCGCUGUUGAGGUCUCUCUUUUGAUAGAGUGAGCGGAUGGGCAGCGUGUUGAGAUAGAAGGAGACGGACUGAUUGCUCUCGCGGGUUGUUUUUUUUUACUUUUGCGUCGAAUAGUGGGAUCGUACUAUGUCAGCUCUGGGAUGUACGACUGAUUAGCUCUGGGAUGAUCGAUAGAUGAUGGGUAGGACACGUGUUCUGAAAGGUAGCAAAAUGUCUUCCGCGUAAUUGAGAAGUGUGCGUAAACAUACUGUAUCAUCAUGACUUUUAUGGAGUAAUAACGAGAAUCAAGACGAGAUUGCUAUAAGAUAUAGCUGCGACGAAGAUAGGAAAUCUGCCACGUGGCGCUCGAUUGUUGUUCGUCCCAUUUGAGUUAGCGGGGGCAUUGGAGUAGUCGGGAUCUGCCACGUGGCACGUGAUGGCUGCUCGUCCAAUUUCAGCUUGCAGAUGUUGGAGCUUGGCUGCUCGUCCAAUUUCAGCUUGCAGAUGUUGGAGAUGUCGCGACUGCCACGUGGCAUUAGAUGGGCAUUGAGUCGAUUUGAGUUUGGAGUUAGUUUUUUUUGGAUUCUUAGGUCGUUUGCUUUUGGGUAAGGGCUUGCUUGGGCUAUAUAUAUCAGGGCAGCAGCUGUGCAUUAGCGAGAGCUUUUCUGAGCACCAGCAUCGGCCCGCAGUGGCGACGUGAUUUUGAGAAGGUUGAUGCGGGGAGUGGAGACGGCUACGUGACCUUCCUUUUCUUGCUUGCAUGCUUGCGGUCGUUUGAGAUUGCCCUAAAUCCUCAGAUUGAGUGAAAAAAAGAAAAAAAGAAAAAGAGUGAAUUGCUUACGCAGUGGAGCCUGUGAGGUGGUCUGGUGAUCCAUGCAGGAAUGCGACAUGAUUGUGGGUGAUAGAUAGCUUGGGGGAAAAUUUUCUCCCACAGCAGCGACUGCAUAUAGUGUGUGGAUGAGGUUUGUCAGGCUGAGUAUCCUUCUUUCUGCUGUGCCAGGCAGUUUCUUCAACAGUACUGUUGGGUUCGCGGACGAUGAUCUUGGCCGAGUGGAACACUGAAGUGUGCUAGGAAGUUUUGAUCAUUAGUUGAGGAUCUGCGAGAUUUCUUUGUAGUUGUUGGUGACUGUUUCCAUGAGCAGUGCUGAUAGUGAGGGCGGGCUGGGAAGUAAUCCAUGUCACCACCUGUCAAUUCAGCAUCUUGAAGUGUUCAAAGAAGCUGUCUCCGUUGAGCAGUGGCUGUGUGUUGUCACUUGUCAAUUCAGCAUCUUGAAGUGUUUAAAGAAGCAGCUGUCUGUGUUGAGCAGUGGCUGUGCUUCUCCAGACUCUGACAGGACAAGCGUGGGUGGAGGGAAGCCGGGUUGUGUAUUGAUGGGUGGUCGUGUUUCUUCUCUCCUGCUGGGGGAGGGAAGCCGGGCUUUUCCUCCCCAGAGCGGAAGGGGCUCCCCUAAAGAAGAGCCGCUAGGCAUUAGAAGGGAUUUAUUUGGCAGGAGAACAGCGUGCACAAACAAAAAAGAGGAAAAAGUCACCUGCUGCCAUUAUGUUUAUUGAUAGCUCCUCCGUUCUGAAUUCGUGCGAGGGAGGCUUCUGUGAGGGAGCUUGGGACGGUGAAUCUUCCUUAAUCAGCGGGGAAAAGAAAGGAGGGCAUUGAGUAGGAGGCCAGGACGAUGGUAAAGAGAAUGCAGCGGGAGAACAGAAAAUACACCUGAGGGAAACGGCUAUGACGAUGAUGAUCGCUGCGUGAAUGCCAUGCUGGUUGGAUCCUUACGUUUGGCCAAUGAUACAUACACAUGGCUGUCAAGGGAGAUGUGUGUGUGUGUGUGUGUGUGUGUGUGUGUGUGUGUGUGUGUGUGUGUGUGUGUGCAAGGAAACCGUGUGAUGAAGAAACUCAAAUUACCAGCGAAUUGAACACUGCCACAUCAGGAUUGACUCAGCAAUGAAAAUAAAGCAUUGGGUACACCCAUGAACUGUUGAAAUACAGCCCAGAGUUCGAAUCCAGAUGAUGGUUCUAGAUUAAUAAAACCAGAUAUUUCUG